AUGUCUGUCUACGAAGUGAAGGGCAAGGUAGCCAUCGUAACCGGUGCCGGCUCAGGUAUCGGCCAUGGACUCACACAGCUCUUGCUUGAGGCAGGAUGUUCUGUGAUUAUGGCUGAUUUGAGGUUGCGACCAGAGGCCGAGGAAACGUUGGCGAAGUAUCGCGGCCCUCCAAGCCCAUCGGCAGGGCCGUCCGCAUUCUUUCAGCGAACCGAUGUCACAAACUGGGCACAACUUCAGCUUCUCUGGGACACGGCCCUGCAGAACUUUGGACGAGUAGAUAUCGUUGCUUCUAUCGCAGGCAUCUACGAACCGCCUUCAAGCAACUUCUGGUUCCCCCCGGGCAUCUCGGACCACUCAGAGGACCCCGCGGACGCGGCGCUUGGCCAAUACAGGAUAAUAGCCGUUAAUCAAGUAGCUCCUAUUCGUUUGGCCCAGAUUGCCACUGACUACUGGACGCAAAACAAGGAAAUCAGUGGCAACUACGUGGCAGUAGCCAGCAUUGGGGCUUAUGUUCACUCCUUCGAGACGCCGCUCUAUAUGUCGAGCAAAGCAGGACUCGUCAGUUUUAUCAAGUCGAUGGGAGGGCUUAAAGAUAUAUGUGGGAUCGGAUACUCCGCUGUGUGUCCAGGGGCAGUCUUGACGCCCAUCUUUGAACCUGAGUGGAACAGAAAGGUCACAGAGGAAGAUGUAUCCCUCUCUUCCCGCGAGUGCGCUGGAGUUAUCAUGCGUGUAUUGCGAGAGCCUCAGUAUGGAGCUGGCAGCAUCGUCGAGACGCAAAAGGUUGGCACCAAAGAGGAGUUUGAGAUUACCGCACGAGACGUCCCGAUGGAGGCUUUGUAUCCCAGAAUUGAUGGUGGUCCUAAUGAGCGAAUGAUCGAGGGGGCAAGGAAAACAGCCGCAAGGAUCAUGGACAAAGGGUUGCGCGCGCCAUUUGAGUGGUAA